AUGGCUCUCUCACAUAGUCGCCAGUCUUCGACCUCUUCCGAUAUUUCUGAUGAAUUUUCCGCCCCGGAGUCUAUCCUUGAAUCCAUCCCCGAGUCCACAUCUCACCGCUCCAUGGCUCCGCCUCCCAUAUCUUCUCCUCAAGUCCUAGCUAUGGAACGCGAUAGGUAUUCUGAUGAAGAUAUAGGUAUUCUAUACGAAAUUGUGCUCAAGGCUGAAGAGAUCUUAUCCGAGCUCACGCCUUCGUCUCGUCUACCAACUCAUGCCCUGUUUAAAGCUUAUGAUGAGAUUCUUCCAAGGCAUAAUCUCGACCCGGACGAAGACCAGCUUAUCAGCAAGCUUGUGUUCCGGGUUGGAGGUGUUAAAAAGGCCAUUUCGCUUAAGGAGAAGUUCAAGGUAGUCAUGUCGCAGAUGGAAAUUACUGUUCAAAUGGAUGGUUCUUCGGCGUAUGAAAGCGAUGCUGGUGAGGUUUAUAUUGAUCCUGCCUCCUCUGACAAGUCCCUCGGUUUGAUCAAUGGUGAUCAUGCUGACUUGUCUGUGAUUGAACAACACCUCGAAAAUAGUGCAAUCGCUUUUCGUAAGAAACACCAGAAUAAAUUCUCUGCUACGAGCGCUCUUCGGCAAUGGCAGAAAAAGUCAGCAUUCAUUGCCAACAUUUGCCAUCAGUUCGAUGCUGCUCGGCAGGCCGACUUAGAAGAGGAUGUUGGGACGAAGUUCGAAAUUUGGAGAACUAUCGCUUCUGAAGUGGACAACGUACCGCCCCAAUAUCUGCCCCCUAAUGUAUAUUCAAAGCGGAUCGAGGGGAUCGCUGUUCGAGCCCGUGACAUCCAUGUUACUAGAACUACACUGAGAUGUUGGCGGCAAAGUGCGAAAGAGGAAGGCAGCAGGGUCCGGAAGAUCGAGGAGUCAUCAGACCCUUUGGAGCGUGUAGCGGCAAAGGCGCAUAAAUAUAUGAUGCUAUCCCGCGCCUUCGCAAAUUGGUCCAAUCGGUGGGAGGAAGAAUCUGAGAAGGCACAGAUGGCUGCUAAGGUCUAUGAAAUGAGCUUGAAAUCUAAAGCAUUUGGUCUGCGCCAGCGUCUAGGCGACAAUAUUCACGAAAACGGUUCUCAUGAUCCUCACUUCGAUACUUCUCCCUCUGCUGACCCUGGCAGUUCCGAAAGCGCGCCUGAAAUUCCUCUGGUUAGUGAUAAUGUCGGAUUUAAUAUCGCUGUCGAGCCUUCUGGUUCAUCAAGUACUGCAGUCGGAACCCAUGAGAAGGAAUCUCCUGAGGCUCCUACAAGAAAUGCAUCUUCCAAAAACGAUCAAGUCGAUACAAUGGAUGAAAUGGACGAAGUCACACUACUUGCGCGAAGGCAUAUUCUCCGCAUGCGCUACUAUGAUGCCUGGGAGAAAUACACAGCGGAAAAUUUACAGAGAGCCAGAAAAUUCCGCGCAGAACAGCAAGAUGGCCACAUAGCCCAUGCGAUUCCUAUAUGGCGUUCCCAAGCUAAAAAGGCUUCCCUGGAGCAGGAAACGAUGCAAUAUAAUGCGAAAAGAUCCAGCUACUAUAACAAGACUGUAAAAGCUCUCGACACAUGGAGGCAACAGAGCCAAGGAAAAAUGCAUGGGCACGACGAGAUACUUGAGGACUAUGCCACACGUGCCAACUUCUACUAUAAAACUACCAGGAUACUACCCACCUGGCAGAAUGCAGCUGAGCAAGCUAUCGAACAGCAAGGAGUUCUCGAGCUUUAUGCAAAUAGAGCUGAAUAUUAUUAUAAGGCUACAAAUUCGCUUCCCCUUUGGAGAACACAGACACAGCAUAUUGAUCACGAGGGGAAAAAAUUAGCGACCUAUGCUCGGCGAGCCGAUUACUAUUAUAAAUCUCGAGGUGCUUUGUUGGCAUGGCAUGAUAUUUCCAAACAAAGGCGCAAACGGAGGUUAAAAGAGGCGCACUUGGAAACCCGUCGUAUUGUGAAGAAAGGCAUGGGAGGACGGUGUAUUGCACAAUGGCGUGAAAAGCUCCAGCCGAGCUUCGAGCGGCUUGAGGUGAUGGAUUUACUCCUAGAAGAUGUCACCACGGACCAAGAAUCGAAACAACUUAUGGAAGCACUCGGAACGUGGCGCGAGAAGGCACAACAGAGGGAGGAAAUGGGGUUAAUAAGCGAUGCAAUGGUCGAGGGGAAAUUUUUAGAGCAGUGGAGGGAUCAAUCAGUAUAUCAUCAAGAGCUUGAAGUUGAAGCUAAGGAACAUUGGAAAGAGAAGACGAUGUCUCGUACGCUGAAAAAUUGGAACCUUAGUUCCCUCCAAGUUCAGAAUCGACCACUCAUAGUGGCAAACGCGCUAGAAAAGAAGGACAGGAGACUGGUGCGAAAUGGGUUUGAGAACUGGUACAGCCGAACAGCAGACAAGCUUGUUCCUAUCGAGCUCGAGGAUGGAAGCUAUAAGAGUGUGGAACAAGUGGUAGAAGAUGCUCAACAUCAAGCCUCACUAAACCACGCGCGGGGUUUGUUGGAUAACUGGAAAGCCGCCGCGAAGGGUAAGAAUGAUAAUAUCCAGCAAGAGACAUACACUCCCACCCCGGGAAGACCGCGUCUCUUCCUAGGAGGCCUGAGUCUGCGAGAGACGACAACACCAUUAGCACCCGUACCGAGUCGGAAUUGGCGAGCUAGCGAAACGGCAGUGAGGGGGUCGGCAAUCGCAGGUAGAGCCAGUCGUUCCGGUCGUGCCGCGAGGAAUCUUAGGGUUUCAUGGGCGCAAUGA